AUGGGCGAUUAUCUGGAAACUCCUGAUAGAACUACUUUAAAAACAUACGUUGAUGCAAACCAAAGUUCUCUCAUGACACCAGACAUCAAAUUAGACAUAGAAGAAGCAUGGACAGAGACCAAAGUACAAAGAACUGCAAACAUUCAAACAAGCCGCGUCGCAGCUGCUCUAUUGAAAGCCUGUGGUAAAAAGGCGGUCAAUUUAUUGAAGUCUGCAGGUCCAUCAUAUACUGAUAUCUCCAAUGCUUUUGUUUCACCCUCUACUGAACCUGCUGCCAAUACUAGUACUGCGGAAGCAAAUGGCACUGCUGAUAAUCAUAAUACCAAUAUUAUAAAUGAUAAUGUAGUGUCUAGCAGCAAUGUAGAGGAGGAAAAUACAGAGAAGCUGCUUUUUGUAUUGACCGAAGAUGAAGAAUUCAAAACUCUUUGUAUAAUAUUGUACUUUUGAAGAAAAACCAUGCAUACCCUCAAAUAGACUUUUCAAUGAUAAAUGAUUAGUUAUCGGAGGAGUUCGAAUCCUGUCCCAAAAUUGAAAACACAAUCUUUAUGGAAAUUGUUUUGACAGCAAAAAGUUAAAGAAAGAGAAAAAACAAAAGACAAGUCUGUGAAAACUUCGCGUAGUUUUUUAUUAAG